GCGGUGCGGGGCGAUGCGGGCUCCCCGCCGCCAUGGAGGUGCGGUGCGGGGGGUUGCUCUUCAGCUCCCGCUUCGACUCCGGAAACCUGGGCCGGGUGGAGGUGGUGCAGCCGCCGGGCGGGGCGGGGGCCCGGGGAGCGGCUCUGCCCCCCGCUGACUACGAGUUCAACGUCUGGACACGGCCCGACUGCGCCCAGACCGAGUAUGAGAACGGCAACAGGUCCUGGUUCUACUUCAGCGUGCAGGGAGGUGCCCCGGGGAAGCUGAUCAAGCUGCACAUCGUCAACAUGAACAAGCAGAGCCGGCUGUACUCCCAGGGCAUGGCCCCCUUCGUACGAACCCUGCCCGUGCGGCCCCGCUGGGAGCGCAUCCGAGAGCGGCCCUGCUUCGAGAUGGUGGAGACUCAGUUUGUUCUGUCCUUCGUCCAUCGCUUCCUGGAGCAUCACGGGGCCACCACGUACUUUGCCUUCUGCUACCCCUUCUCCUACACCGACUGCCAGGAGAUGCUGGCGCAGCUGGACAGGCGCUUCCAGGACUGCCAGCACAUGUCUCCCAGCAGCCCCCUCGACUCGGUCUAUUACCACCGGGAGUUGCUGUGCCACUCCCUGGACAAGCUGCGGGUGGACCUGGUGACUGUCACCUCCUGCCAUGGCAUGCUGGAGAAGCGGGAGCCCCGCCUGGACAAGCUCUUCCCAGACACCAGCACCCCCCGGCCACGCCGAUUCACCGGGAAGAGGGUGUUCUUCUUGAGCAGCAGGGUCCACCCAGGAGAAACACCUUCCAGCUUUGUCUUCAACGGGUUCCUGGACUUCAUCCUGCGGGAGGAGGAUCCCCGUGCCCAGAUGCUGCGAAGGAUGUUUGUCUUCAAGCUCGUCCCCAUGCUGAACCCUGACGGGGUGGUGCGGGGCCACUACCGGACGGACUCCCGGGGGGUGAACCUGAACCGUCAGUACCUGAGCCCCGAUUCAGAGCUGCACCCUGCAGUGUUUGGGGCCAAGGCCGUCCUGCUCUACCACCACAUCCACAGCCGUGUCCUGCCCGGCGCUCCCGACUGGAGGACGUUCGUGUCCCCGCUGAGCCCCAGCUCCCUCAGCACAAAGUCCUCCAACCCCCCUGCCCGGGGCAGCCUCCCCGCCCUCUCCCAGCUGGAGAAAACCAACAACCUCCGUAACGCCUGGCGCCCCGGCACCACCCCCAGCACCCCCCGGGACCCCCCGAGUCCCGCAGCGCCCACCCCCCCUCUGGGCAAGGACCCGGGGCUCUGGAUCCUGCCCUCCAGCCACUCCCCAGAGCCCUGCCAGAAGCAGGAGCAGGAGGAGGAAGAGGAGGAGGGCAGGGGGCUGCUGGCAGACCCCCUCCCCGAGAGCAUCCCUCCCCAGGACAGCGGGCUGGCCUACUACGUGGACCUGCACGGCCAUGCCUCCAAACGGGGCUGCUUCAUGUAUGGCAACAGCUUCAGUGAUGAGAACGAUCAGGUAGAGAACAUGCUGUUCCCCAAGCUCAUCUCCUUGAACUCCCCUCACUUUGACUUCAUGAGCUGUAACUUCUCAGAGAAGAACAUGUACGCCCGGGACCGGCGGGACGGGCAGUCCAAGGAGGGCAGCGGACGAGUGGCCAUCUACAAAGCCCUGGGCAUCAUCCACAGCUACACCCUGGAGUGCAACUACAACACGGGGCGGGCGGUCAACAGCAUCCCUGUGGCCUGCCACGACCAGGGCCGGGCCAGCCCCCCGCCCGCGCCCACCCUGCCCGCCCGGUACACCGUGGAGCUCUUCGAGCAGGUGGGCAGAGCGGUGGCGGUGGCUGCGCUGGACAUGGCCGAGUGCAACCCCUGGCCCCGGAUCGUCCUCUCGGAGCACAGCUCCCUCGGGAACCUGCGCGCCUGGAUGCUGCGGCACCUGCGGGGGACCAGGGGUGCGGGCGGGGGCCCGCGGCGGAGAGGAGGUGCCAGGACCCCCCCCAGGAGCUCCACGGGGCUGCCGGCCUCUGCCUCCGAGGACGCCCUGUGCCGCUCCAGGAGCUUCAGCACCGGCGGGAGCAGCCAGGACCCACCGCGGGUCGGAGCCCCCCCCAGCACCGCCGCCGGCUGCGGCCGCCCCCCGGGCCCGGGGGGGGAGAGCCGGAGCCCCGGGGAGGGCAGAGGUAAGGGGGGCUGGGGACCCCUCGGGCGCCUCCUGUGGUCCCUGCCCAGCUGCUGCACCGGGCCACAGCCCUGAGGAGAGCUCUGCGCCGGUGUCACCCGUGCCCCGGUGUCACCCCAGUGGUUUUGUGUGGAAGAACGUGUGUGCUCUGCCAGCCCUGGGCGCUGUGCUCAGCUCCCUGCUCCAUCCCCGGCACAGCAGCCCUGUCCGGGGCACAGCCCCGUGCUGCUGGGGACCGGGGGGACACCGAGGGGGACCAAGGGCCACGCUGGGCUGUGACAAGGCAUGGCCACGGGGCUGCUGGAGCAGACAGCACCAAAAACCUGCACUGGCCUUGACCCCAACACUGCCCAGCCCCACGGGGACACGACCAAAGUGCCUUUUCCGUCCCAGGCACCCACCGAGCCCUCACCAGUGGUGGCUGUGGUAAGGCAGGGGGGCACAGAGCUGCGAUUUGUCCCCUGGGGACUGUGAGCUCAGGGCGAGUCCUGGCCAUGGGGGUCAGGAGAGAGGCCCCAUCAUGUCCCCUGUGCCAGCACCGGUGACCCUGCAGCUGCACCAUCAGGGCUGCCAAAACAAGGUGAGGUGCUGGCCGUGCCCCCUGAGCCCCUUGUGCUGGCAGGCCGAGUGCCAGGGGAUGCCCCAGUUUCCCAUGCUGGUCCCACAGCCCCUGGCUGGGGAGCAGAGCUGCAGCAGGAGCCCCAGAGCCAGGUAGUUGGGUGAGUGAGGGUCCCCAGGGCUGCCUGGGGAACUUGGGGUGACCCUGCUGCUGUUCCUUGUCCCCGGGGCUGUGUGUGCUGGUGCUCCUCAGGAGCCAUCCCUCUGUCCCACUGUCCCCUUGUUCCUCGUUUGUCAUGUCCAUCACCUGCCUGAUGGCAAUAAAAGGCUGAAGCUCUCCUGGGCCGCUGUGGCGUCUGUCCCUCCUGAUGCAGAGCCUGUCCUACCCCCAGUGACCCGCUGGGGACAACCCCCAGGCUGGGGGACACCGGGCAGACUGGCAGGAACAGACCCCGUGGGGCUGGAGGGUUGAGGUGGGCUGGCAGGGGGUGGGUGGGUGCCCCUGGCAGGGGCUCUUCCCUCUUGCUGGCACCACGGCCAUGUCUGCACGGGGACCUGCCUGUGUCCCCAGAACACUUUGUCCCCAGACCGCUGUCCCCGUGGCUCUGCCCGUCCAGCCCCUGGCUGCCCUAUGCCAGGAGGUGGUCAGGAAUGC